AUGACUGAAGAUAACCAGUCAAUGACAACGGAAUUUAUCCUCACAGGAUUUACUGAUCGACAAGAGCUGAAGAUCCUUCUGUUUGUGAUGUUCUUUGCCAUAUAUCUGAUCACUAUGGUGGGGAAUCUUGGUUUGGUUGCAUUGAUUUAUAUGGAGCAUCAUCUUCACACAUCGAUGUACAUCUUUCUGGGCAACCUGGCUCUGAUGGAUUCCUGCUGUUCUUGUGCUAUUACCCCCAAGAUGUUAGAGAACUUCUUUUCAAAAGACAGAAUGAUUUCCCUCUAUGAAUGCAUGGCACAACUUUAUUUUCUCUGUCUUGCUGAAACUACAGACUGCUUUCUUCUGGCAGCAAUGGCUUAUGACCGAUAUGUGGCAAUAUGCAGCCCACUGCAGUACCACACCAGGAUGUCGAAGAAACUCUGCAUUCAGAUGCUCUCAGGGGCGUACAUAGGUGGAAGCUUGCAUCCCACAAUUCAUGUAGGGUUUCUGUUUAGGUUAACAUUCUGUGGUUCUCAUCAAAUCAAUCACUUUUUUUGUGAUAUUUUUCCAUUAUACAAACUUUCUUGUGUUGACCCCUAUAUCAAUAAACUGAUGGUAUUUAUCUUUGUAGGGUCAAUUGCAGCCUUUAGUAUGACCAUAGUUAUAAUCAGUUACCUCUGCAUCCUUUACACUAUUUUCAAAAUGAAAUCCAAAGAAGGAAGAGGCAAAGCCUUAUCAACUUGUGCAUCCCACUUUCUCUCUGUCUCAAUGUUCUCUGGUUCUCUUCUUUUUGUGUAUAUUCAACCAAGUUCAGUUAAAAAAGAAAAUAAAAAUACAAUUGUUUCUAUUUUUUAUACUCUAAUAAUUCCUUUAAUAAACCCUUUUAUUUAUAGCCUGAGAAAUAAGGAAGUAAUAAAUGCUGUGAAAAGAAUUAUGAAGAAUAAAUCUUGGAACAUUCUGAAACAAAUAUCAGCUCCUGUAUCAAACUGA